AUGAGGCUUCUGCAGAUGCAAUUUCGAGAGCAAAUGCAGAGAAUGCAGCGACCAGAGAACUCCGGGAGAGCUGGUGCCGUACAGCCUAGCACCGCCAUGCAACGCACCAGUCUGGUGUUUGCUGUGAAGAGGGGGAUCUCAAAAAAGGAUAUCCUCAAGAAGAGGAGCUUCACAAGGAGUGAUGCUUUGCAAAAGUUGCAGGAUGCCCUACAACAAUUUUCCAAGGAGGAUCGAUACAAGGCAUUGCAUGCUUUGCCGCAAGCUGUGAAGACGGCGCUUUUGGUCCAUAUGGAACAUGUCAAGACAGGCGGAGUUUCAGGCACUAGAAGCUUGACUUCUCAAGCUCCAGGUGAUUCAGGUGUGUCUUUAUCUCCCAAGAGAAAGACUCUGUGCAGACGAGCUGUGAGUGUGCACCGCAAGAGGGGAGGAUGGGUCGCCAGGUUGAAUGUCCUCCCUUACUUGUCAGUUGCCACUCGAUGUACUCAAACUCCAGAGCAGGCGACUGCCAUGCUGAAAGUCUUGCAGAGGGCGAAAGAAUUAGCAUUGCAAGCUGCGACCUGCGAAGCGGAUGCAGUUUACGAAGCAUUGAGGGCUGCAUGCAGAGAGCACCGAAUGGCAUUGUCAGAUCUAGCACUUUCAUUUUGUGCGUCUGUCGGAGCUGAAAGUUUGGUGGGCUGCAGCAUCAGUGGCAAAUAUAGCACCAGCUUGGAAGAUGUCUUGGUACAAAGGCAUUUGUUGCUGGAAGGCCGUACGCAGGGAUGGCCACAGCUUCGGAAAGCCUGCUUGAAAGUCAUGCAAGCCUCUGUGCAGCCUCGAUCUGGGGUCUUUGGUCGGGCCUGCCCCAAAGCCAUGGCAGAGGCCGAAGCCGAGCGUUUGGCCCAAGUUCUGGAUGACAAACGAAGAGCGCUGUGUCAGAAGCGCUUGGAGAAGGCUUUCAGAGAUGCAGUGAAGCUAGUUGAGCUCGUGCUGCGGAAGCAAGAGCAGCAAGUGUCGCGAAAGCGUUCCUUUGUGGUUGCAAAGUCGUCAACGCCAGUCGCCUUCUAG